CAUGACUAUGAACACUUUCAGCUUCCUGUGUGCCUUCGGCCUCUUUGCUGUUCCGCAGGUUCCUGGCACCUUGGCAGAGGAUGUGGAGCUCUUGGCAGGCACCAUCCUGGCCUCUUCCUCAGACCAAAGUGAGAUUGUGAACAAGCAUAACGCCCUGAGAAGAGAUGUUCAGCCUACUGCUAGCAACAUGUUGAAAAUGAGCUGGAAUAACGAGGCUGCAGCCAGCGCUCAGAGAUGGGCCAACACCUGCUCCAUGAAACACAGCCCUGACAACUCCAGAAAGAUCAGCACUGGCGACUGUGGCGAGAACCUGUACAAGUCCAGCUACAAGAACACAUGGUGCAAGGUCAUCCAGUCCUGGUACGAUGAGGUGAAGGACUGGCGCUACGGAGUGGGAGCCAUCAACGGAGGAGUGAUCGGACACUACACACAAGUUGUUUGGUACAGGUCCAACCAGAUUGGCUGUGCUAUGGCCUACUGUCCCAACUCAGAGUACGAGUACUUCUACAUCUGCCACUACUGCCCACCGUAAGUACAGAACAUUUUUUCUCUUUUUCAAUGGAAAGUCUAGCACAUUUGUUUUACUUUUAGUGACUACAUGAGUAUUUCUGUGUCCAUUGAGUUAAAGGUCCAGUGUGUAGGAUUUAGUGGCAUCAGCAGUGAAAUUGCAGUUUGCAACCAUUCGAAUACCGUUCGCAUCACCCUCCACUUCCAAGCAUGUAGAAGAAACUACAGUGGUCGCAAAACUUGCAAAAAAAAUGCAAAAGGCCUUAUCUACAGCCAGUGUUUGGUUCAUCCGUUUUGGGCUACUGUAGAAACUCCAUGGAAGGGGACCCGCUCCCUCUGUACAUAAAAACGGCUUCUAAGGUAUUGAAAACACAAUGAUUCUUAUUUUUAGGUGAUUAUACACUAAUUAAGACAUACUUAUAAAUAUUAUAUUCCAUUUCUGCUCUUCCUAAAUGUUACACACUGGACCUUAAAAUGGAUCCAAGAUGAAGUUCCAUCAUGUUUUAUUAAAUGUAUUUGUAUUAAAUGCUUCUCAAAAAGUAUCGAUUUUUCACAGAUUUUCUUUUUCUGAUAAAUAUCGUGUGAGUCAUUAGGCUGUUACAUUUAAUAUUUGAUGCUUUGGCCUACAUUACAGUGGAAACUACCAGUACGCUCGCCCCUACAAGGCAGGACCCUCCUGCGCCGACUGCCCCAACGCCUGCGACAACAAA